ACUUUGAGAGGACGCUCCCUCCAGACGUGAAACAAGGAAAAGACGCAAUUGCAGAAUGGCUUGCCAAGGGCCAUACGGGCGACGAGGAGUCAUCAUCAAGAGGAACUCACGAAGUUGCUAUUGGGCUAUCGAAUGGUUCGUCGCGUUCCUUGGUCGGCAUGAACCUGCUCUUGAGAAACGUGAUGCCAUUACACUGGGUGGAAGGUGAUGGGCCUCAACAACGGCUUGUUUGCAUAAAUAAGUUACUUGGCGAAGGUGGGGCAGCCAUAGUGGUGGAAGCUGAGGACAUGGCUACCCACGAGGUGUUUGCGAUGCGCAUUACCCGGGUGCAUGUAAAAGUUGGACGGAAUUUUGACAACGAUGAGGAUUUUUUGCUGACCGUACAGAGGGAGCUUGUCUGGGGGGAGGAGCUAGCGAGGAUAUUAUGCGCCACCACUCUAGCAAGUGAGGUGGCCUCAAAGAAGGGCAUCGCGGUUCCCCUGUACUCCGCCGAUGUUGCUGGAGCUCCCCGCGGCACGCGUUCCGGUGAAUACAUUGUCAUGGGACGCGUACAGGUAAUGGAGAGGUUAUAUGGUUGUGUUAUUGACCUUUUCAAAUAUGAAGGCCUCGUAAAUAGAGCACGGGAGUACAUAGCUCGCCGUCUAGCACUAAUUGUUCUCAAAAUUCAACAGGCAGGAGUCAGCCACAACGACCUAAAGUGGAACAACCUGUUGAUGCGUUCAGACGGCUCAUUCCUUGUCGCCGAUCUGCAGUCCGUCCUCCCGUUUGGAAGGCCAUAUGGAACAAUGACAACCUUCACCCCAGAAUAUCGAGAGCCUCAACUAGCCUUUCGGCCAAGAUCCAAAGCUUACGAGAGCGGGUUCAUUAUCCCGCAUGCCAGCAGCGACUUGUGGUCCCUCGGGAUCCUCCUGUACGAACUGUUCACAAUGCGGCAAUAUCCGUAUGGUAAGGAGAAUGCGGAAGACAGGCAUGAGCAAGCGAUGCUGCAAGCAUCACGACUUUUUGAGAACAAGACAAGGUCAGCUGCCCUUGAACCCGAUCUAGAGGCUGCAGAAGUACCACCUAGGUGGAAGGAACUUAUUCUAAGAUUGCUGGAGCCAAGUAGGGGGCAUAGAAUAACAGCCUGGGGGAUCAUUGAAGAGUUUCCUGACCUCGUACACAAUCCAGAAUAG